CCACCAAAACCCUUGGCCUGGAAGUGGAAAUGCCACUCCUGCGGUCGUACUUAUAAGAUGGCCGUCACCCAUCGCUGCCUGAACUGCUCCCAUCGCAGCUGCGUCGGCAAGACACCCACGAAGGCGACCAAAUAUCGCGUCUGCCAAGCCGAGUUCGACUACGCCACCUGGGCCUCCAUCGGGGAGUUGCGACGCAAUCGCGAGAGUUGCUCCUCCAACAUUGCUGCAGGGAGGGGAGGAGAAAAACAGUCCAAACUGGAGAUUGAAGAAGCGCGGAUGAAGCGCCUGAUCGACAACACGCAUAACUGCUCGAGAGACUGCGACUACCCAAGCGAAUGCUACCAC